GGAGUAUUCUGAUUUAAUGCUAUUAACUUGGAAGUGUGAAGGUGGAAAGAAUUCAAAACUUACAUUUCCUGUUGAAUGCAAUUUGAAAAUACAGCCAGUGAUUCUACUUUUCUUCUCUAUGUGGUCCUGGUUACGACUCCUCUGGCUCAGUCACACAGCAGCCUGGCAGGUGACUGGAGGUGUUCGCUGAUGUGGCCCCAACCCUACGGCCCUCCCCACCCCAUGAUGUUAGAAGAAACUCGACAGAACAAAUUGGCAGCAGCCAAGAAAAAGCUAAAAGAAUAUCAGCAGAGGAGCAGCCCUGGUGUUGCAAGAGGAGCGAAGAUAAAAAAGAAAAAAACUGGCAGUAGCCCUGAGACAACCACUUCUGGUGGUUGCCAUUCACCUGGGGAUUCCUCUUCCAACUCCUCCUCUCUGCAUGUGCCUCAGAGCCAGUACCAAGGACUAGCAGUAGCCCUGGAGUCAAGCUCCAUGACUAUCCAUCAACUCAAUGAAAACAUAGAAUCAUUGAAAGAGCAGAAGAAAGAAGUGGAACAUCAGCUGGAAGAAGCAAAGAAAGCAAACAAUGAAAUACACAAAGCACAAACGGAGCAGUUGGAGACAAUCAACAUCCUCACACUGGAAAAGGCAGACUUGAAGACCACCCUAUACCAUACUAAACGUGCUGCCCAACACUUCGAAGAAGAGUCCAAGGAUCUGGCUGGCCGCCUGCAAUACUCCUUACAGCGUAUUCAAGAAUUGGAGCGGGCUCUCUGUGCUGUGUCUACACAGCAGCAGGAAGAGGACAGGUCCUCGAGCUGCAGUGAAGCGGUCCUCAAGCGGCGGUUACAGCAGACCAUAAAGGAGCGGGCACUGCUGAACACACAUGUGACACAGGUGACAGAGUCAUUAAAACAAGUCCAGCUACAGAAAGACGAAUACGCUGAACACAUAAAAGGAGAGAGGGCCCGGUGGCAAGAGAGGAUGCGGAAAAUGUCGGUGGAGGCUCGCACAUUGAAGGAAGAGAAGAAGAGUGACAUACAUCGGAUACAGGAGCUGGAGAGGAGCUUGUCUGAACUCCAAAACCAGAUGGCUGAGCCCCCAUCCCUGGCGCCCCCAGCAGUGACCUCUUUGGUGGAACAGCUACAAGAUGAGGCCAAACACCUGAGGCAGGAAGUGGAGGGUCUGGAGGGAAAGCUCCAAUCCCAGGUGGAAAACAAUCAGGCCUUGAGUCUCUUGAGCAAGGAACAAAAGCAGAGACUCCAGGAGCAGGAGGAGAUGCUCCGAGAGCAGAAGGAGUGGAGGGUGUGGGAGCAGAAGAGACUGUGUGAACAAAAUGAGACGCUUCAGGAGCAGCAGAAGACGCUAGGGGAGCAGGGUGAGAGGCUGCGAAAGCAGGAGCAGAGGCUACGCAAGCAGGAGGAGAGGCUGCGAAAGGAGGAGGAGAGGCUGCGAAAGCAGGAAAAGAGGCUGUGGGACCAGGAGGAGAGACUGUGGAAGAAGGAGGAGAGGCUACAAAAGCAGGAGGAGAGGCUACAAAAGCAGGAGGAGAGGCUGCGAAAGCAGGAGAGGCUCAUGCUCUCCCAGAACCACAAGCUCGACAAGCAGCUGGCUGAGCCACAGUGCAGCUUCAAGGAUCUGAACAAUGAGAACAAGAGUGCACUGCAAUUGCAGCAGCACGUAAAGGAGCUGCAGGAGAAGCUAGACAAUGUGAAGAAGAUGGUAACCUCCACCCCAUCCAAGAAGGGCUGGGAGGAGCACCUAGAAGCUGCCAGCCAGCAGAACCAACAGCUGGAGACCCAGUUGAGCCUCAUGGCUCUCCCUGGAGAAGGAGAUGGAGCACGACAUCUGGACAGUGAGGAGGAGGAGGUGCCUCAGCCCAUGCCAAACAUCCCAGAAGACCUGGAGAGCCGGGAGGCCACGGUGAGCCUGACUUCCCCUGCCCCGCUUUGCCACCUUCCUCUGUGGUCCCUCCCAGACCCCCUUAUGCUCUUGGUUUUCCCGCCUUCUGAUUGCUCUGGCCCCUCACCCCUUCCAGGAGCCAGUGGUCAGACACCUUGUCACCUGUGGCCAACAGGUGCACUCUCUGAGGCCCCAAGGGAAGGGGCUGUGCUCCACCUCCCUGCCCCAUUUGUUCUGUGUAUGCCCCUACAAGAAUACUCACCUCUUGCCUUCAAGUGGCAUUUUUCAACUCCGCUGGAGCCAGUUCCCAGGAGGAGCAGGCAUGGCUAUGUGGGCAGCAGAAGUUGUGAAGGCUGUGCUGCCCACACCUGGCUCAUCUGGUGGCCUCGGCCUGGAAGGAGCCAGAGGCAGAGGCCUCAGUCCCAGGGACUGGGGAGUGGCUUUAUGGACCUCCGGAAGGAGAAGGCAGACAGGAAGGAGCAGGUGGAAAAACUAGAGAUUGGAUUCAUCCAGCUCUCUGGAGCGACAGAUGGCAUGAGAGAGUACAUCACCGUAUAUGACAGCCAGGGGGCAGUGCCAAACACACGGCACCAGGAGAUGGAGGAUGUCAUCAGUCUGGCCCAGAACGAGGAGGAAACAAAGGCAAAUCUACUGGAGAUGCAGGAGCUGAUGUGGCCACUUGGGGACGACUACAACGAGGGGCAUGACAAAUUCCUCACCACUGCCCAGAACCCUCCUGAUGAGCCCACUCCAGGGGCCCCAGGCCCCAAGGAACUUGGGGCUGCUGGUGAGCAUGAUGAUUUUUAUGAGGUGAACCUGGAUGACAGUGUGGAGCCUGCACCAGCAGCGACCAGGGAGGGUUCUGCACAGCAGAUCGUGCAGCUGCCUCCUGUAAGGCAGGACACCCAGGAGCACCCAGGCUUGCCCAGCAAACCCUGCGUGCCAUUCUUUUACCGGGCAGCCGAGAACAGGGAGAUAAACAUCAUCAUCAUCUAAGAGCUGGUCAAGAAAUUUAAAAGAACAACAACACAAAGUUAUGGGGUUGGUCUCCUACACAGUUCCUUUACUCCAUUUGAAUGUUAGAGCCACUCACAUUGAUUUGUGUUUCUAAUUUACAGUUUAAAUUUAUUUGUAAAAAGUUAAGGGAGAGUGGAUCUUUCCCUGAUGUUCACUCUGGCAUCCUUUAGCAUUUUUGUUUUUUAAUUUGAUAAUUGUAGGUCAUUAGCAUGCAUAUCAAGUUUGCCCUUAGGUGGUGGGAGUUCAAACACACAAAGACCCACUAUCUGCACAAAACUAUUCUUGCUUGUUUGGAAUAGGCUGCCAUGCUUUUUUAAUGUUAUUGCAGCGUGUAUAUUCAUUACAGAAUUCAGAUAAAAUGUGCUUAUGUUCUGCUAUUAUGUUUGAUCGAAUCCUAAUCACAGUGAGCUCUUCAUUAGCUCAAUAUGUGGU